CAAAAGUGGAAAUGUCAAAAUGUGUUUAUGUUUUCGUCAGUAAUCUACAGGUGUACGACGGUACCGAACGUACACACAGAACUAGUAAGUUUACAGUUUAUAAAUAGUUCCGAAUCGAAUGUGACAAUGGAAGGGGAAGAUUAUUGGAAUAAAUCGGAAAAUAAGGCGUUCAGCUUCGACGAAGACGAUAGGACAAUUCUGCACAUUCCAACCGAACGAAAAUUGUUCGUCGACGACAACACAUCAGAACUGAAUUAUGACUUUCCAUCCAGCGAUAUUCCUCUGCACUUAAUCAUAUCCGAUAGUGACCUAAACAAAGUGUUGCAAGAACAGUCGAUGGACGAGCCACAACUACCGAAGGGUAUAGCGCUCGAAGAAGAAUUGCGCAUACUGAGACGCAAAAUACAGGAACGAUUGCAUGCUCCACCCGCAUCCGUGACCGUUACGAAAAUGACCAUGAAGAAGCCGUAUUCGUUGGACUGUUAUCGGUCGUAUCGGGAAAAAACUGAACUGUUGACGGAGGCGGUAUCGAGUGGCAAUGGGGACGCCGUUCUGGCGGUUGUAUUAUUUCUGGUGAAAACUUUGCAACGCAAAUAUGUCGUUAAACUGCUGGAUACACAUCCAAUGGCAUUGAAUCAAUUGGUCAAUUACUUGACGGUACGGUUACAAGUUAAGGAAUGUGCGGAAUGGAUGAGUUUGCUGGGAAAAUCGAAUAGACUUGCGAUGCUACAAUUUGGAGUGACCACAACAUUAAUGAAGAGCAAUUCAAAUAAAACGUCCAAAUUGCAGUCCGUCUACAAUGACUAUUUCAAUCAGCCGGGAGUGAACACCUUUUAUGCCCAAAUCGUAGCCAAUUACGUGCAUUUGUUAGAUUUUCAACAAAAAGAGAAGCAAUCGAAUUCGAAGGCUUUUGAGAUAUUGGAUCGACCGGUGCUGGAAACAUUGUACUAUGCCAGCUCUCAAUAUAAAUGGAGUUCUGCCCCAAACGAUUCCGGUGCCAAUAGUCCCCAUAAAUUAUCGGAAAUAUUCAAAAUUUCCCAGCCGCAAUUCGAAUGGAUAGUCCUGAAUGAACGAAGUCGAAGUCAAGCGUGGUGUGAUAUGGAAGGAAUAUUCGAGAAGAAGACAUGGCUGAAUCUGAAGUCCAAGUCAUUUUCCAUAAAUGUCCCAUUGGAUAGCGUCAUCUAUCAGCUGCAUGGUCUGAAUGCGCCGGUAGCAAUCCUAAACUAUUUUCUGAGUAAAAUCAACGAACCGAACCAUCGCUUAGCGGUGGCCAAUCGAGUGAAUGCUACGAAAAGUAUUGUGGACGCGUUGAGUGAGUUGAAGGACAAGUCUGGUUUAGAGAAAUUCAUUGAAACGCUGCCAGUUGGUACCGAUGGACGGUUCUAUGCGGAAAAUACGUUAAAAAAUGUGAAAACCAAAUGGAAAGCUGAUAAUUUGAAGCUAAAAAUAUGAAUUCAACCGGUAAACCACGUACGGUAUGCACAGUCAAUAUACGCAAUUACAUUUAAACAUUUCUCAUGUAAAUAAAAAAAUUAUUUUUUUGGUUAGACGAGCCCCA